AUGGAUAAUUCUUAUCAAAAUUACUCUGAUUCUCCUUCUAAUUUACCUAAUGGCUACACCGAUUACUCGCAAAUUCCACAGGAAUACCCACCUCCAUCUUCAGGAGAAACACUAGAUCCAGAUGAAGAAAUAUCACAGGAAGACUGCUGGACGGUCAUAUCUUCCUUUUUUAAUGACAAAGGACUUGUCCGACAGCAGCUAGAUUCUUUUGAUGAAUUUGUCCAAAACACAAUGCAAGAAAUAGUCGAUGAAAAUAGAUCUUUAGUUUUGCAGAACAUACAAGGCGGUGGUGAAGGUGACCAGGCGCGACGGUAUUACAUUCAAUUCGGUCAAGUUUACUUAUCGAAACCAACUAUGACCGAGGCUGACGGGAGUGUGCAAGCAAUGUUUCCUCAAGAGGCGCGCCUUCGAAAUUUAACGUAUGCUGCACCACUUUACGUGGAUAUGAAAAAAAGAACUGUAGACGCAGAUCCAAGAGCUCUUGAAAAUAAAGAUAGGCCAAACGUGAAUGAGAUGUUUGAUGAAGAACAUCUAGAAGAUGAAGAGGACAAUAGCCAAAAUACGCCUGGUGGCUUUGAUAAAGUAUUUGUGGGGAAGGUUCCCAUUAUGCUGAGAUCGGAUUUCUGUGUAUUAAGUAAAUUGAGCGAUCGAGAAUUAUAUUCUUUGAAUGAAUGUCCAUAUGACCAAGGUGGUUACUUUAUUAUAAACGGGUCUGAAAAAGUUUUGAUUGCACAAGAAAGAAUGGCAUCAAAUACUGUAUAUGUAUUUGCGAAAUCGGCACCAUCUCCUUAUUCUUAUACAGCAGAAAUAAAAAGUGCUGUUGAAAAAGGUUCAAAGACAGUAAAUCAGUUAACUAUUAAAUUAAUGGCAAAAACGGCCGAAAAAGGCGCUACUGGCCAAUUUAUACACGCAAAUAUGCCAUAUAUAAAAAAAGAUGUGCCUGUUUUAAUCGUGUUUCGUGCCCUUGGUCUGGUGGCAGAUAAGGAUUUUUUAAAUCAUAUUUGCUAUGAUCCUCUUGAUACUCAAAUGCUGGAAGCUUUAAAGCCAUGCAUCGAAGAAGCUUUUGCAAUCCAAAAUCAAGAGGUUGCAUUAGACUGGAUCGGUCGUAGAGGCACAACAAGUGGCGCGACCAAAGAUAAACGCAUAAAAUAUGCAAAGGAAAUUUUGCAAAAAGAAUUGCUACCUCAUGUGGGCACAACCUUUAGGUGUGAGACAAAAAAGGCAUUCUUUUUUGGUUAUAUGGUGCAUCGAUUACUUCUUGCUGCUCUUAACCGUCGAGAAUUGGAUGAUCGUGAUCAUUAUGGCAAAAAGAGAAUGGAUCUUGCUGGACCUCUUUUAGCUAUCUUGUUCCCGCAAACCAUUACCAACGGACUAAAAUAUUCCUUAGCGACUGGAAAUUGGGGUGAUCAAAAGAAAGCAAUGCAGGCUAGGGCUGGCGUUUCUCAAGUGCUAAAUCGGUAUACAUUUGCUUCCACGUUAUCUCACUUAAGGAGAUGUAAUACACCUAUGGGUCGUGACGGAAAAAUUGCAAAGCCACGUCAACUUCAUAAUACUCAUUGGGGUAUGGUUUGUCCUGCUGAAACACCAGAAGGACAAGCCUGUGGAUUGGUCAAAAAUCUUGCUUUGAUGUCAUAUAUUUCAGUUGGAAGUUCAUCUGGACCAAUCAUUGAAUUCUUAGAAGAGUGGGGAAUGACAAACCUUGAAGAAUUGCAAUCUGGUGCCAGCAUUGGAAUGAAUGAAUAUACAAAAGUUUUUGUAAAUGGCAGUUGGGCGGGUGUAUCUAUUGAUCCAGAGGCAUUAGUAGAUACACUCAAGCGUUUGCGACAUUGUGUUGACGUGAGCCCCGAAGUCAGUGUUGUCCGAGAUAUUCGUGAAAAGGAAUUGAGAUUAUAUACCGAUGCUGGAAGAGUUUGUCGUCCAUUGUUUAUCGUGCAGAACUCGAGAUUGCUGAUAACAAAACAACAUAUACGUAAAUUAGAAGAAGCGAAAGCUCUUGCUGAACAAGCCGUAGAAAAAGACAAGAAACAAAAAUUUGGCUGGCAAGAUUUAAUUUCCAAUGGAGUCAUUGAGCUUAUCGACGCAGAAGAAGAAGAAACUAUUAUGAUUUGUAUGACUCCUGAAGAUUUAGCAGAAUCGCGAAGAUAUCAUGAAGGAAUACCAAUAGAAGAGGAAAGACCUAAAGAAAGAGAUAUUGCUGCUCGGGUGAAGAGUAACUCUGCCACAUACACUCAUACGUGGACACAUUGUGAAAUUCAUCCUAGUAUGAUUUUGGGGAUCUGUGCCAGUAUUAUUCCUUUCCCAGAUCACAAUCAAUCACCACGUAAUACCUAUCAAUCAGCUAUGGGUAAACAAGCCAUGGGUAUUUAUGUCACAAAUUAUCAAUUACGAAUGGAUACAUUGGCAAACAUACUUUACUAUCCACAAAAACCACUGGUCACAACACGUGCAAUGGAGUUUCUACGUUUUCGUGAAUUGCCUGCUGGUCAAAAUGCUAUUGUCGCUAUUUUAUGCUAUAGUGGCUACAAUCAAGAAGAUUCAGUUAUUAUGAAUCAAAGUAGUAUCGACAGAGGAUUAUUUAGAAGUAUGUUUUAUCGUAGUUAUAUGGAUCAAGAAAAGAAAGUGGGAAUGUUGACAAUAGAAGAAUUUGAGAAACCAACUAAAGAAUCUACAUUACGUCUUAAGCAUGGUACCUACGAGAAACUCGAAGACGACGGAUUGGUCGCCCCUGGUACACGUGUAUCUGGAGAUGAUAUUAUUAUUGGGAAAGUGACACCCAUUCCACCAGAUACAAUGGAGCUUGGUCAGCGUCAAAAUACACACACUAAACGUGAUGCAUCCACACCAUUGAGAAGCACAGAAACUGGAAUAGUUGAUCAAGUUAUGGUCACUACAAACCAAGAAGGGAUGAAAUUUGUAAAAGUACGAGUUCGUAGUACGCGUAUUCCUCAAAUGGGAGACAAAUUUGCCAGUCGUCAUGGUCAGAAGGGAACCAUCGGUAUUACAUAUCGACAAGAGGAUAUGCCGUUCACUGCUGAGGGUAUAACUCCUGAUCUUAUUAUCAAUCCGCAUGCUAUCCCGAGUCGUAUGACAAUAGGUCACUUGGUCGAAUGUUUGCUAGGCAAGGUAUCAACUUUAACUGGGAGUGAAGGUGAUGCAACGCCAUUUACAGAAGUAACAGUUGAAGCCAUUUCCGCUAGCCUUAGAAGUCAAGGAUAUCAAUCACGUGGCUUUGAGGUUAUGUACAAUGGACAUACAGGGCGUAAAUUGGCAGCUCAAGUAUUUCUCGGACCAACUUAUUAUCAGCGACUUAAGCAUAUGGUUGAUGAUAAAAUUCAUUCACGUGCAAGAGGACCUGUACAAAUAUUGACCAGACAACCUGUAGAAGGACGUAGUCGAGAUGGUGGCUUACGUUUUGGUGAAAUGGAGAGAGAUUGCAUGAUAUCUCAUGGUACAGCAAUGUUUUUAAAGGAACGUCUUUUUGAUGCGUCGGAUGCCUAUCGUGUUCAUGUGUGUGAUAUUUGUGGUUUAAUGGCUAUUGCAAAUCUAAAGAAAAAUACUUUUGAAUGCAAGGCUUGUAAAAAUACAACACAGAUAUCUCAAAUUCACAUUCCAUAUGCUUGCAAAUUAUUAUUUCAAGAAUUAAUGGCAAUGAAUAUUUCUCCAAGGUUAUUCACAUAA